UCCAAUGACCAUAUGCAACAAAACUUGGUAUCUGAUCAUAGUACUUCAUCAGGGUCAUCAAUUGCACACUCUUUUAUUAAAAAAAUCAUUAAAAAGAUCCAGAAGUAUUUUAUCUCCAGAUGUACGAUCUAAAAACCAUGCUACAAGUUCUAGUUCAUCAACCAUGUCAUCACCUACGUAUCCUUUGAUACCUAAGUAUCAAAAUUUGUCAUCAGCAACUACUAAAAUAAUUAAACUUCAAAAUAAAAAGAUACAGUCUCCCAUAAAUAUAAAAUUAAAUGCACUUCAAGGAAGCAACAAUAAAAAAGCUCAAACUUCUUCAAACGUUAAAAAAAUGAAACCAUGCAUAACAUGUGGUUGUACAUGCUCUUCAGGUACGUCAGCUUUAGAAAUAGUUACCAAAGCUCAUUUAGAGUCUACCAGAAGAAGUAUAGAGUAUAGGAUAACACAAGAGGCCAAAAUAACGAGACACUUGUUUGCAGCCCAUAAUAAUGUUGGAGAUAUUGAACAAAUAAAUGACAUGCCCAAAUUGAACUUGGAAGAUUUUCAGGAUUUUGAUACUCUGUUGAAAACUGACCUUGAGCUAAUAAAGAAACUGAAAUGUUUUAUGAUGAUAAACAUAAAAAGUGGCAUGAAAGUAACAGAAAAUUUAACUGCAGUUAUACCGCGUAUAAUGUCUAGAGAUGUCCAACUUUUGUAUAGUGCUUUUGGGAGAGAGACUAAUGGUAGUAAAAAACUGAAUUUUUCAGCAACCCAAACUUACAAAUAUUUACUAGAAGUCAUUACUACCAAAGACCCGGGUCUAAAAAUUAAAGAUACAUCGAGCCAACUUAGCCGAUGGUUUUCAGGUGCCAAGGACCGUGAAGGUGGGAAGAAGGAAAGGCAAUAUUACAAAAUGAUGAAAUCCAGCAAUAGUUAUAAUACAGAAAAUAAAAAUGAAUAGAAUUGUGAAUAAAUUAAGUGGUCAUUAAAUUACACAUCAAAGAUUAUAUUAUAUUCU